AGAAGGGAGGAGUUGUACCCGUUCAGCCCCGAGGUCAGCGAGCGUUCUGGAGGAACAACGACAGAUAUGCGCGCUUUCAGUUGUCAGACACGCUGUGCGAGGUGAAACUAUUUUACUAACUUUUAUUUACUAAAAACGAUCCCCAAAAAAUCCUCAAAGUGGUGACUCUGCACAGCCCCGGUGACAGUGGCAACCUGGGAUAUGUUUAUACAGUUUAGGCGUCAUAGCCUAUUUGGGACUGCCUCAUCCUUUCAAUAACUAUGCGUUUCCUGCUCCUCUUCAGUCGCCAGGGCAAGCUCCGUCUCCAGAAGUGGUUCACGCCCAUCCCCGAGCGAGAGAAGAAGAAGAUCACCAGGGACAUGACCACCAUGGUGUUGGCACGGAAACCACGCUCCUGCAACUUCAUGCACUGGAAAGACCUGAAGAUCGUCUACAAGAGGUAUGCCAGUCUGUAUUUCUGCUGUGGUCUGGAUGCUGAGGAGAAUGAACUUCUGGCCUUGGAGAUGCUGCAUCGCUAUGUGGAGCUGUUGGACAAGUACUUUGGCAACGUGUGUGAGCUGGACAUUAUCUUUAACUUUGAAAAGGCCUACUUCAUCCUGGAUGAGUUUCUAUUAGGGGGAGAGGUACAGGAGACUUCCAAACUAGUGGUGGCCCGCUCCGUCGAGGCCUCGGACAUGCUUCAGGAGAAACAGAGACUGAUGGAGAUUAUACUUCUAUUUCCUUUAUUCUUCAGUUGCUACCAUGGAGGAAUACAUGAGCAAGCCUGCAUUCUAACACUGGAUCUACACACACCAGAAGGAAUCUGGACGAUUACAGACCUGGAAGUCUUACUACUGUACAAAACCAUGGAGUUAGGAGUUCUAGAAUGAUGUGUCUGAAUCUGUGUCCUGAGGCAGGCAGGGAGUGUUUUUAAGUAGGGAAGUGCAGUGAAAUGUAUCUUGUUUCUGCAAAUAGGACAAUAACAUGAUGACCAAUAAAUUGGUAGGAGACAUUGAUUGAGCUAUUAUCAAAUGUAUAUUGAUACUGUAUGAUCACCCAUCCCUCUUGCUCGUCGAUGUACAUUGAGGUUACUGAAAACUGUGGUUAUGACAAUCAUUAAAAUCAAUACUCACUUUUUUUCCAAAUAUGUACACAUUGUAUUGACAUUUAAAGAAGUGCCUUUUUAGAAAUCUGUAUUUGAAGUUGUGUUUUAAAUGCAUCUUGUAGACUAGCCUUUUUCUGUGUGACUUGUAGGAUUAUAUCUUGGAAAGGGAGCUAUUAUUUAUCUGGGUGAAUGUCACAGUUUUUUUUAAUAUAACUAAUUAUGGAUCUUGAAUGUUGAAGACUUUGGAAUUAAAAUGUGUAUUUUGAUA